GACAUAUUUUUUUUUUUUUGUAGACUGCUGUUUAUGUUUGAGUACUUGGACUUGGUGGAGGAUGUAUUUUUUACCUGCUUGAUGUUCUAAUAAAUAGAUCGAGAUCUAGAUCAUAUGCAAAUGUUUCUCGUGUGAAUAUUUAUAACUGCUAUAUCAAACAUCUAUGCAUUUGAAAAAUUAGGUUGCCUUACUGUAAAACGAUUUACAGAUUUGUAAGGACAUUAUGGACAAAGCUGCACGGGUUGUACGCAGGAGUGGUGUGAAGUUGAUGUCAUUAGGAGGAGGCCACACUGAUCUCCAUGUUUUGUUGUCUGAGGUCAAGGACAUGAGAAAUACUGCUAAAUCGUUCAUGAAUGUGCAGAAUGCUGUUUCACAAGACUUUCUUAAGUGGGCCAUCAGUGAAGAAAACCGAGCACUUCAAGAUGUUGCCAAUCAACUUGCAGAGUUAAACUUGCUUUGGACAGAGGUUCAGCGUGAAUUUGGAGAGCACUUGAAAGAGUAUCGCUAUAUGUUUGAAAUGAUCUUGGAGGGAGAAAAGCAUGUAUCACAGUCAAAGAACAAUUUUAAUGCUUGUGAGCAGCGUGAAAUGAAGGUCAGAAAAGAACUCAAGAAAGCUUUUAAGAAAAGUUCACCCGCUGAGAUCCAGGCUUUGGAACUGCGGCUGUCUCAGGCAGAACGAGCUAAAGAUUUGGCCCAGAUUGAAGUGACAGACAGGAUCCGUGAGAAUGAAGCUGUUAAGCUCAUACGUCUGAAGGAAGGUCUUAUGAAACUGUCCCAGGCUUACUCUGACUUUGCUCGCAAAUGCUCUGUCGUUUUUGACGCACAACAGGAGAUAGUUCUACAAUUGCCUGAUGUUCAUGAUCAAGAUUUAGAAGACAUUAAAUACACUGGCUCUGGCGUAACACGGUUUAAAGUCCAGCAAGCUAAAGAAAAGGUUCGAAACUAUCGCAGACACAGCAGAGAUCACUUUCCUCUACAACAAAAAUGUAGUGAGCCCCCGCCUCCUUACACCACCUCUGAUCAGUACGACUCUUCUGUCCAUUCAUCUCUCACUGCCUCUCCAAGGCGACGCAUCAGCUCAGCAUGUGAAUCUCAGCCAGCAUUAGACACAGCCACAACCACUUCGCCCCAUGCCAAAGCAUCGGCCAUCUUUCAGCCUGUCACUUCCCCUCCAGUGACCAUCAUCUCGGCUCCUGAAAGACCUGCGGAUGCUAUCAUCACAAUGCCGCCCCUGGGACUCCCCUUGCCCAGUGGCUUAGAUUCUCCACCCUGCAUGGAGCUCCCAGCACCUGCUCACCUCCCAAGAGAUGACCAUAGCGUUGUACCACCCAACCCAAUGGCAGCACCGAACUUAAUAGCACCAGCGGAUGGACUGGUGGACUUGAACCCCAACUGGGAUAACAGCUAUGAGGAGGAUCUGUCAGGUGCCAUGGGUGGCACAAAGAUUUAAUCUUCACGCUGAAAGAUUUGGAUACAUUUUAUUUCUAUACAAGACAUUCAUAAUUCAAUCAAACUAGAGAGACGAAGUAUUUAGCACAUUUUUUCAACUGUUAUAUUGAAUUGUGUUGUUUUUUUUUUUUUAAUAGAUUUGUGUAGUUUUCAGUUUUUUGUAGAAUUUUUUGGCUUUCUUUAUAUUCAUAAUUUUUUUAUAUCUAUAUACUAAUAAUGUGUUUUAUUUUACCUUUUUUUUUUUACUAAAAAAUAUAUAUAUAAAAAUGAUUGAAAAUGUCUUAUAUUCUUAUGAUACUUUUUUUUCUGAUAUUACAAUCAUGAUAUUUCUAAUGUAUGCAAAAUUUAGGGGGAAAAAAUCUCUUGAUUGGAAAAUAUUUCACAUGAUUUUAGUUUAAAAUAGAUUUCGCUUAACAAAUAUCAAAAUUAAAAUGCAUUAUUUUUUUAAUAGAGAAAAUGGAGCAUAGUUUUUUUAAUACUAAUUCUCUUUAACAUAAGCAAUAAGCAAAGUAGGCUUCCUUGGAAAGUAAAGCAGCACUUUUUUUGUGUUCUCCUUUUUAGAAGAUAACCUAAUUUCCCAAUGACUUCCUGAGGUAAAAUAAUGUUUAUAUUAAAAAAUAAAAUUGAAAUAAAAGAACCUCGUAUUGUGAAGAAGUUAAUUCGUUUGUGGCUGGGUUUCAACUUCUCUGAUGUUUUUUCUAUCAGAAUUUUUUUUUUUUUAAUUUAAUUAUUUAAUUAAUUUAUAAGCAUUAUAUUCAAUUAUAUUGACAACCAAAAUAAGUAUUUUCCUUUUUUUUUCUUUUUUCAAAUUUUUUUUUCUCCAUUCCCUGAUUCUAUUUUCUAGUCAGACUUGUUAUAAACAUUCUCAUGUAUUUAAUCUCAAUCAGCUUACAAGUUAGCAUUUAAACUCAUUGCUGCUGGUGUAUACAUAGUGUUCUUAUUGUAACUUACAUUCAUGUUGUUCCUCGGUAUUAUUGGUGUAGUGGUUGUCUGUACAUGUCUGCUAAAUGCUAUCUCUUUACAAUGGAUUUUAUAUGCAUAGUAGCCACUUGAUGUUAUGAUGAGUUUCCAGGGGCAGUAGGAAAAACAAAACAUUUCUUAUUUGAAAAGAGUAAAAGUUGGUAUCUAUUCUAGAGACAUUCUACAUUUUUCCUUAUCCAUUUUAACCUAAAAACUGUAUCGGCUGGUGACUUCAUUGAAAAACAUAAAGUUGAAACUCAUUUGUAAAAACAAGCUUUUAAUGUGGCUACCUAGAAACAAAAGAGUUAAUGCUAGCAUCUUCUUUAAGCUUAUUACUUGAUUUUAGUCUUGUAGAGAAGAAACAAAGAAAGCUAUAACAUAGGAGUAACAAAGUAAAACAAUAACUUAAGAAAACCCAAAGAAAAAAAAACUAACCAACAAAUGUCUUCUACUUGGAGUAAACAAAUUUUUUUUUCUUUGGUUUAUUUUUGUUGAAAUAACAUUCAAAUGUUGAGAUGCUGGUGUGAAAUGGAACUAGUACUCAAAGUCUAGGAUGUAACAACAUUUGAAAAACAAAAUUGAGUGUGAAUGCAGAUUUUAUUUACUGUACACCCUUUCUAAAGUUUUAGUUUUGAAUUUGUAUUUGUUGACUAAUUAAUGCAUUGGAACAAAGCUCUUGCCAACACGUGACAUUUUCUAUCAGUUCAUGUCUAUUGUUAAAUGGUGUGUAUUUGCAAACUGUGCUUGUAGCAUGUAAGUCUGUGUAUAAGGUUUAAACCUGGUCUUUUUUUCCCCAUCUAAUUGCAAUGUGGACGUUGAUUUCUCAAAAUGUAUGAAGUCAGCCCACUAUUUCAAACUCUUUUAUAAGAGUGCCCUUUCAUUAUGCCACUUAAAAACCUUUGAAACAUUUAUGUUUUUAGUGGUGUAGCUAGGGUGCGGGGUGGGCUGUCAACAUUUGAAAAUUCCCCCGGGGGCAAAGAAGUGUCCGAAAUGUGUUUUUACAUUACAUAUUACACCAUCAUCUCAUGUUAUGAUGUCAAAAUGCAGGGACCUCUAAAGAGGUCAAGUCCCCUGAGCCCACAAAUCUCUAGCUACACCACUGUAUGUCUUACACAAGUUCAGCUGAUGCAUAUGGAUAAUGUUUAUUUUUUAGCUAAAUUCACAAUGUUUCCAAGUUUGAUAUGUUGUAUAUCUAUUCUGCCGAAGACCAGAACAUAUCUAUUUUCUUUUUAUAUAAUAAUUUCACCGGUCUUUUAUAACUCAAGUAUUUUUGUCCAUCUAUUAUGCAUACAUGCUAUUGGCUUCCUGACUAUACAAAAUACAUGUAUAAUUAAUUUUCAUAUAUAGAUCAUAUUUUUAUAUGAGUUGGCAAACUUAUGAAUAGUGAUAUAGAUUGUAUUCCUUUAUGUUCACGUCAGUUUUAGGAAUGAAUCUGAUUUUACUAAUUUCUACAUAAAAUUGUUUUUCUAUUGUCAAUCUUAUUAUAUAAAUUUUUGAUAACAUUAUCCAAAAAAAUUUUGUGUUAUAUCUUUGAAUGAGUGUUGGGUAAUGGGUUUUCUGUUAUAACUAGAAAUGUAAGUCAGAGAAAACCAUUGGUGAUAAGACUGUUCUCAGUUGCUUUUCUUUGUUGUUUAUUUUGUCUCUGACAAUUAUUGUUAAAUAUUAGAACUCAACAAAAUAUAUCAGCACUUUCAUUGUGCAAGACAGAGCAGUGGAAAAUUGCAAACUGCAAAUUACAAGUAAUUUUGAAACUAAAUUUUAAAAUUAAAAUAGUUUGAAACACAGAUGUUACAGAAAUGUUCUGCUGAAAUUAAGUAAAUGGAUAUUACCUUUUUUUUUUUCACAGCAGAAUUGAGUUUCAUGUUUCAAAAUAAGCCUAUCAUCUUGAUUGUUACUUCUUAGGACUACGAUGUGUCUGAAAGCAUUCUUUUUCUUUUUAAUUAUGUUUGGAUGACUUUACAACUGAUGGAUGGCAUGACCUCAGGAAGGUUUAGUGUCAGCUUUUUUUUUUUUUUUUUUUUUAUAAAGAAUUGUCGUUUUGUUAAUUUUUGUUUUUAUGGGACGAGGUGUAACCCUAGAAAAUGAAAAUGUAUCUGUAUUUUUUUUUUUCACAUUGGAUUAUAUUGAUAAAAUUUGAUUACCUACAAAAAGAAAUCUUUUUUUUUUUUUUUCAAUUUAUAUAAUGAUUUCGACAAAAAGGGAAAAAAAAAUAUUUUUUUUGUUUAUCUACAAGGCUCAGUCGAAGUUGAGACUAAAUAAAUUGUCUGUACACGAUUUAAGUUUAACCUAUUUUUUUAUUGUGGUCAAGGUGAAACCUAUUCUACAUUGUUGUACCAUUAAUGAUUGUUGUUAGUCCGGGUGACGAUUUUAUAAUGGAUGAUUUUAUAAUGGAUGAUUUAUAGCAUGAUUUUAUAAUUGAUGAAGGAUGAUUUUGUUGUCUACUUUGAACUUUCACAAAACCUUACUGGCUGUAAUUUUUUGUUCCUUUUGUGUUCUGUUUUUCUAAAAUAUUUUACAUCAUCUCUGAAUUUCUUCCCAGUUUUAGAAAGGACUUUGACAGCAACUCAUUCUUUUAAUCUUAUCUACUAAUUUAAUUGUUAAUUACAACAGAAGCUGAGGGGAAGUGAAUAAUAAUAAUACAGUCGACAAGAAAUAUAAUUCAUUCCUUUUUUAAAAUGUUUUUUUAAAACCUAACACAUUUUCUAUCUAGUAGUAGUAGGGAUAUACAUUUUCGAUUAGAUAUUUAAAAUAGAAUAUGCCCUACAUAUUCAAGACUAUUACUUUUUGUGACUUUGACAGUAUUACUUUCAGAUCUUUCUCUAUUCCAUUGUUAUGAGAAGCAAAAACAUUUAGAACCAAGUGCCGAAUUAGAAAAAUGUUCUGCAAACACACUCUUGAACAUCUAACAGUUAUAUUCAGUGAGAGUGAAUCUCAGAUGUCUUAGUUAGUCUUAGUUUGAGAACCGUAGGGUGUGAAAAGUUCUUGUGGUGAGUAGUGAUCUAAAACAAAACAUGUUACAUAAAUGAUCACUGUAUACUACUUGACUAGUUCAGUUACUCUGUGCUAUUAAGGCUAUAGUUGAAAGUAUUCUAAUUGCACUAUGCUCUAUAUUAGUUUGAAAUUUUAAAAAAAAGUAGAUAUUAUACUUAUCAGUUAAAACAUAGAUAAAGAAUCUGUGUAUAUGUAGUACCUAUUUCUGGGUGUUUCUCUGAAGUUCAUCCUGUCAUUAAAAUUGUGCUGGAAUGUUGCUUGACUGUUGUCCACUUAUUUGAUUUGUUGAAAAUACUUUGGCUCUUGGGAAAAAGGCGUAAUGAUUGUAACAAAGAUUCUAUUCAAACAACUUUUGUUGUGAACUUUGAACUCAUGAUCUGUGUGUGUGUGUGUUUUAUAUUAUUGAUUCUUUUGUUUAUAUUUUUGUAUUUAUUUCUUGUGUAAGACUCAAUUAAAAUGCUUUUCAAUGCA